AUGUAUUUCUCCUCCGCUACCGUCUUCCUUGUCCUCUCUGCAAUCGGCUCUCAGGCCGUGCCUUUUGCUCUCCCCCGACAGUCCAACAGUACUCUCGCACGCAGACAGCAUGAGCCUUAUUCGGUGGUCAACGUCGGCGGCACCAACAUCAACAGCCUCACCAGCUCAGCCGCUGAGACUGUCACCGCUCCCAGUGUUCCCCAGGCUCCCGUGACCGUCACGGUCACCGACACUCCUUCGUCGACUCCGGUCAUCUCGCCCUCCAGCUCUUCCACUCCAUCUUCCAGUAGCCUGGCAGCCUGGCCAACAUCUGUUUCUGGUGAAGAGCACCCCGUCUCUCCCCGGAGCUUCAACCACACUCAACCCCCUCUGCCCCUGAAGGAAGCCAGGAGAUCGUUCCUGAACACCAACAGCACUCGAGCUCAUACCUUCGGCACCCGCAGCGUCAAUGGAACUGAGGGUCUUCCCAUUGCGGCCCGUGGUCUGCUGAACAGCACGAUCACCACACGCCAGGUUCUCAACCAGACCGGUCGUGUGUACUAG